AGUUUGAUCCCCGAGACAUCAAAAAAAUCAUGUCCACGAAACCCCGUCUUUGCCAAGUAGCAGUUCAUUCGAAACCUCUCCGAUCAACUCUCAUUCGACAAUCCCACAAACAAACCUCCAACACAUGCGAUUGUGGAUGCUACAAACAAACACGACUCGAAUCAUGCAUCGAGUCUGCGUGCCUCAUCGAGCUCUGGCAUACCUUCUACCUCCACUCUACGAGAUCUAUCGCCUCGAACUCUGCAUUGCUACUACAUCUACUCUGCAAACAACACCUCCUCGAAGCUUGCAAGCCAUCAUAUCACAUCAGCUCUGCAAACGACACCUUCUCGAACGCUGCAAGCCUUCACACCACAUCUACUCUGCAAACAAUACCUCCUCGAACUCUACAUACUACAUUGUGAUGAAUUCGUUUGUUGGUGGAGGGCUGCCUUGGGAGAUGGAGAACAUUGAUCAACUGGAUGCUGUGAAACAGUCUCAAUUCUGCGGCUGGAUAAGGUCUUGGUAUGGAGGGAAUUGGAAGACGACACUCUGGGUAGCAGCAAUCAUGGAUCAAGCAUCUGCCUUCAUUCUUCCUUGA